CAAAUGAUGAUGUAAGCUACCAGAUAGUACGUACCAGAGUGCAUACCAGAGAGAUAGCAACCAAGCCCCACAGUCGUCUAAUGAUAACGCCUAAGAGAUCAGAACAUGCAACAAGCGGUAACAGAACAGAGAAAGAGAUACACCCUCUAAGACAAUGGCCAUGGAGGAACAAGCACAUCGAGAACACGCUAAAAAACCCAAACUUUACGUUUUGUAGAACUGAUAUCAACUUGAUCGUCGAGAAAGAUGCUGUUGAUUACAUCAGCGAGAUUAUGAAGCACCCCCUGAAGAAGCUCUCCAACGAGUUGAAGCAUCUCUCAGUUCGGUUCCUCCGAACAUCCAAAGCUGAGGUCCAAACUGCUUUAAGACUCAUCUUCCAUGAUAACCUCUCUCACCUUGCACUAGCGUCAGGCGUACAUGCGUUCUCUUUGUUCCUGAUGAGUAUGGACAAGUACAAGUUCAGUAAAUCUGUCCGGUGUCUUCUUUCCUUUUCUGUAGGACACUUCUUCAGAUGGCUGGUGGAUCACAACAUAUCAAAGCGAGUAACUGACUGCAGUGUGGUUUAUCUAGCAGCUGCAUUCCAGUGCCUCACUGAGGAGCUUCUCACCCGGACCAUCCAGACCAAAGUAACAUCAGAUUCCAGCAAAGGGAAGCAGAAAGCGGGGAAGGAAGUGCCCACUACACAGGUGUAUCAGUACUACAACAUCCUAGACUGGGACACCAGCUGGUGCCCUCCCUGCCUCAACAGAGACUCCGGUCCUAGCACCAGCGGAUGGGUUGCUGGAGCUAAAGCACCACCUGACGACAUCAUCCAUAAUAUGGACCCAGCGUUUGUACGAACGCUUGUCGGGUGUGAAGAAGCGGUGCUUUGCCUCAAAGGGUGA